AUGUUGAUAAAAGAAUAUAGAAUAUGCCUUCCAAUGUCUGUUGAGGAGUAUAGGAUUGCUCAGUUGUACAUGAUACAGAAAAAGAGUCGAGUGGAGAGUAGUGGUUCUGAGAGUGGAGUUGAAAUUUUGGUAAAUGAUCCUUAUGAGGGUGGUCCAGGAGGUAGUGGGCAGUACACACACAAGUUGUACCACAUUGGAAGUCAUCUACCAGGUUGGUUUCGCAGCAUUUUACCAAAGUCAGCAUUAAUAGUGGAAGAAGAAGCAUGGAAUGCUUAUCCAUACACCAAGACUAUUUACAGGACACCAUUCAUCGAGAAGUUCUCUUUAGAGAUUGAGACAGUGUACUACAACGACGCAGGUACGCAGGAUAAUGUCUUCAACCUCACAAAGUCUGAUCUAUCCAACAGAAUUGUUGACUACAUAGAUAUAGUAACAGACGUCAUCUCCAGUGGGGACUACCAACCGGAAGAGGAUCCUACUAAAUUUGUUUCAGAAAAAACUGGUCGCGGACCGCUGAAUGAAAACUGGCGAGAAGAGUACGCAGGCGCCAUGGAAAAUAAUGAUGUGCGUGACGGCUCGAUGAAUAAAAAAACUAUAAUGUGCGCUUACAAGCUGUGCAAGGUCGAGUUCAAAUACUGGGGUAUGCAGACAAAAAUUGAAAGAUUCAUCCAUGACGUUGCUUUGAGAAAGACCAUGUUGAGGGCGCACAAGCAAGCCUGGUGUUGGCAGGAUGAAUACCAUGGACUCACAAUGGCUGAUAUAAGUAAUAUUAAUAAUAUUAAUAUUGGUAAUAGUGGCAAUAAUGCUAAUAAUAACAUUAGUAAAAUUUUAAAAUUAAGACGUUUAGAGUUAGAAACUCAACAAAAGUUGAAAGAGAAAAUGGCUGGAUGUCAGGAGAAACAGGGAGAAGGGGAGGAGGAGGAAGGAGUGGAGAGAGAAGAAGAAAGCUGUGAAGGCGAGAAGAGAGAUCAAAUGAAAGGAGCACAAAAAAGCGCUGUCCAGGAAGUGCAUAACGUACACCAUCUCCCAACACGACCAAAGGUGCAUUACUGUGGACACCUAACUCCUUCUGGGCUAGACGCAUUUUACCUUCAAACAAUUGAGAGGCUUCAACAUUCGAGCUCUGAAGAGGAGGAUGAAUAUUUUGAUGCUGAUGAAGGUAGCUUUGUGGUUGGUGAUAAUGAUUGCGGUAAUAAUGAUGAUUAUGAUGAUGAUGAUUACUUGAAUGUUUGCAAGCCCUGGCAAAAAGGGAGGGACCUGCUUUUCAACAGAUCAGCUUUACAAAGCAUCAUCAAUCAUUUUAUCUCCAAAAAAAGUUUUCUCCAAACUGUGGAUGACUCCUCAUCGUCGUCAUCAUCACCGACACUCGCUCCAAAAAAUUUGACCUCAUUUCUCGAGUCUGGAAAUUCUGAAGUGCUAUUUAUACUACUGCAUGGAGGUAGCGCCGUUGAUUCAUUGGACAAAGGAAUUUUUUCAAAAAUGAAUGACCUUUCAACUUUGAACUCGACUUUUGAGCAGAUAAUUAGAUCAAGAUACUCUUCCAUGAUUGGUCGGAUAUUUAUAGAGUUGGUGCCAUGUCCUAACUUAUGUGCCAGGCCUAUACAGUUAUUAUCAAUCGUAGGUUCCAUAUACGCGUAUGACCUCUUGACCUCAUCUUCCACUGCAAACAAUUUUACUAGUCAGAUCAGUUCACCUACCUUGCCUGCACACUCAGCCAAUAAUAACAACGGCACCAAUGACGAAAAGUUGCAAACAUCGGGAAAUCAACAAGUGGAGUUUCAUGAUUUUCAUUCCGAUAUUUUCAUCUCAAUGUACGAUCUCAACACUGCCAGUGACAACAGCAGUAACACAAGUGAUAACAAAACUCUGAAUAAUAACAAAAAUUGUAGCAAUAACGACCCCAACAACAGAAAGACGUCCUCAUCGACGUCUCCAUCUGCUUCACAAUUCACUCGCAACUCAUCUCUCCCAACAGUUAAAUCAUCCUCCACUACAUCUCCCCAUCAACAAGCAUCAACAGCAGCGGUUGGCCAUGUUGUAGCAGGAAUGAAAGGUUUAAAUUUCGAGGUGGAUGAGGUGUUCCUCUUUGGUUCACCACUGGGUAUGGUCCUGGCAUACAGGAUGCACACGGGCAUAUACAAAGCAGCCCAGCCACCAAAACCCACAUGCAAUCAGCUGUACAACAUCUUCUACCCUUCCGAUCCGUGCGCCUUUCGCAUCGAACCCCUGGUCGACCUCAAGUUCAAGGUCAUUGAACCGAUCAAGCUAAAAAAGUACAAUAAGUUCUCAUAUGGCGAAAGUGUAGCUGUUCAUUUGGUCGAAACUAUUCACAAUUUUCCUGACGUUUUUGCUCUUUCACCUAGCAGGGAUAUAACUACUAUAACCGUCAUUAUCCUUGUAAUAAUUGUCAUCAUCAUAAUUAUCGUCAUCGUAUUUACCCGCGAAGUGUCGGCAAAUUGGUGGGGCGUCAAAAGGCUAGACUACUGCAUCUACUGUCCCGAGGCACUCCAGAACUUUCCUUCACAUUCACUUCCGCACAUUCUUCACUCAAGUUUUUGGGAGUCUUGUGAUCUUGUAGCAUUUAUUCUUAGACAGACAAUUCAUUCAUCGACGAUUCAUUCAUGCAGCACUGCAAGACAAUCUUCCACACAACCUGCUCCACAUUCUCACUUUACUAACAAAGAAAAGUGGCUCAAGAAGAGAACUCAAUUGAAAGUCAGAAAUUUGGCGCCAAAUCACCGAGCUAAUGACGUCAUAGUCCUUGAAAGUCGACCUCAGUUGUUGGCAGCAAGAUUCAUGUACGGUCCACUCGAUGUCGUAUCACUCUCUGGGGAAAAGGUGGACAUCAGCGUGACAGUGAGAGGUCAAGAGGAACAUCUGUCUACAGAAUUGACGGAUCAAAAUGGAAGAAUAGUCUACCACAUCCCUGAACAUAAAAAGUUAUCUGCCGGACUUUAUUCUGUCAACAUGACAGUUAGAGUUGAUCAGUCGUCAGCAUCAUUUUACAUGGUUGUCCUCCCAGCUCGAACAGAAGUAGUUGUCUUCAGUAUUGAUGGAAGCUUCACUGCCAGUGUCUCAAUCAUGGGAAGGGAUCCAAAGGUCAAACCUGGAGCUGUCGAUGUUGUCAGGUGUUAUCAUGAAAGAGGCUAUCUGAUCAUUUACAUUACUGCCCGUCCCGACAUGCAGCACAGAAGAGUUACCAAAUGGUUAGCUCGACACAAUUUUCCUCACGGCCUCGUCUGGUUUGCCGAUGGACUGAGCGCAGAACCACUCAAGCAAAAGGCAUCCAAUCUACGACAACUUGUUAGGGAGGCGGAGUUAGUCAUCUCUGCAGCUUAUGGCUCCAACAAAGACGUCCCUGUUUACCAGUCUAUUGGAUUACAACCAAAUCAGAUAUUCGUCGUCGGCAAAGUAUCCAAAAAAAAUAAAAAAGAAGCUACGGUGAUAUCUAAUGGGUACGCGUCACAUUUGACCGACCUCUUGUCAUGGUCCGUAAACCUGAAACAGGUCAACCAGAAACUUACAUUCAGAACUGGCAGUUUCCAGUUGAAAUGCCACAACACUCAUCAACAGCACCUGCAGAUAGGCACACCAGGCAGUCAGAAAUCGGUCAAAGUGCUUCAGGUUGUUCCAGAAAGUGACAGUUACCAAGACACCAUCACCAGCAUGAGACGGUUCCACACUGGCAGAGGUGGCGCCGACAACAAUGAUGCAGUUUUCAUGAAUUGA